AAUUGUAAAUUGUAUAUGUUAUUUUGAUCAAAAUGGAUAAAGACAGGAAGCCUUGGAUUGCACCGCUAACCUCGAAUACCAACAGUAGUGAUGAUAGCAACCAUUCCACCCCUAGGGGUUCCGACUCACCGAGCCAAGAAAGUCAAUCAAAACCUAUGCCGACGAGCUCGGCUAAGAAGUGUACCUGCCAUACCUGCACCUGUAAGCGACCAGAGGCCAAACUUGGCGCCGCAAUCUCUCCCAUCCAAAUUCGCCAAACUGCGACCGAAUCCAAUGACCAGGACUUGAAAGAAUCGGAACGCGCACCAUCGAUUCGGCUGUCUAAUCAAUCCGCUAAGAACACGCGCAUAUCAUUGGACCCUUCUAAACUUGAUGAUUCCCAUUUGGGUAUGGAGGAGGUGAUGGAUACUCAUCACUAUUCAUUUGACGAGGAAGAAGAUGUACUGCACAUGGGUCGAAUCUUUGGAGUUUCCGGUCCAGUGGUGAAUGCCGAGGAAAUGGCCGGGGCCGCUAUGUACGAAUUGGUUCGGGUGGGUCACUCCCAGCUGGUGGGUGAGAUCAUUCGCCUCGAGGGCGACAUGGCCACCAUCCAAGUAUACGAGGAUACGUCAGGCGUAAGUGUCGGAGAUCCUGUCUUUCAGACGGGCAAACCCCUUUCUGUGGAACUGGGUCCUGGUAUCAUGGGCAGUAUAUUCGAUGGAAUCCAGAGACCCUUGCGAACGAUAAGUGAACUGACCAAUUCCAUUUACGUGCCCAAAGGCAUCGAUAUACCCUCCCUGCCGAGAGACAUAUCGUAUGCAUAUACCCCCGGGAAAAUCAAGAUCGAAGAUUUGAUCACCGGUGGUGAUAUUUACGGCUCGGUUUUUGAGAACAGCAUGAUGUCUGAUCACCGGCUGAUGUUACCUCCGCGGUGCAAUGGUCGUGUCAAGUGGUUAGCUCCUGCUGGUAACUACUGCGUGGACGACGUGAUCAUAGAGACCGAGUUCAACGACGAGAUCACACGGCAUACAAUGCUCCAGGUUUGGCCAGUACGCAAGUGUCGUCCAGUGGAAGACAAGCUGCCCAGCACUUCUCCACUCCUGACAGGCCAGCGGGUCCUGGAUGCCUUUUUUCCAUGUGUCCAGGGCGGAACAACCGCCAUUCCGGGCGCCUUUGGCUGUGGAAAGACUGUCAUCUCGCAGUCCCUGUCUAAGUACUCCAACUCCGAUGUCAUUAUCUACGUUGGCUGCGGUGAGAGAGGCAAUGAAAUGUCCGAGGUACUUCGGGAUUUCCCACAACUGGAGAUUGAUGUCAACGGAACCAUGGAGUCAAUAAUGAAGCGCACCGCCUUGGUGGCCAAUACCUCCAAUAUGCCUGUGGCUGCCCGAGAAGCCUCCAUCUACACGGGCAUCACCCUCUCGGAAUACUUCCGUGACAUGGGUUACCACGUGUCCAUGAUGGCAGACUCUACAUCUCGAUGGGCGGAGGCGCUACGUGAGAUCUCAGGACGUCUGGCGGAGAUGCCUGCCGAUGCUGGCUAUCCCGCGUAUCUCGGAGCCCGAUUGGCCUCUUUUUACGAGAGAGCCGGUCUGGUCAAGUGCCUGGGUAGCCCCGAGCGUGAGGGAUCCGUGUCCAUUGUGGGAGCAGUGUCGCCUCCUGGUGGUGAUUUCUCUGACCCCGUGACCUCCGCCACUCUGAGCAUUGUUCAGGUCUUUUGGGGAUUGGACAAGAAGCUGGCCCAAAGGAAGCACUUCCCAUCUGUGAAUUGGUUGCAAUCCUAUUCCAAGUACAUGCGCACACUAGACGUAUAUUAUGAGGAGCCCAAUCCAGAAUUCACAAAGUUGCGAGCAAAGGCCAAAAAGGUGCUGCAGGAGGAGGAUGACCUGGCGGAAAUCGUCCAGCUAGUGGGAAAGUCGUCAUUGAACGAAGAGGACAAGAUAACCCUUGAGACGGCCAAAAUGAUAAAGGACGAUUUCCUGCAGCAAAACUCCUACAGUCAAUACGACGCCUACUGUCCCUUCUUCAAGACCAUCGGUAUGCUCAAAAACAUGAUGGCGUUUCACGAGGCAGCGAUCACGGCAGUCCAGAAUACCGCCGAAUACGAUUCUCGGGUCACCUGGGGAUUAAUCCGAACACAGGCUGCCAACGUUCUAUACGAGCUCUCCACCAUGAAGUUCAUUGAUCCCAAGCUGGGCGAAACGGCUGUUCUUGAGGCCUUGGACAAAAUCCAUGAUAAUAUCAUUGCAACGUUUCGGUACCUAGAGGAGAAUGUCGAGGAAUUAUAAUGGUGAUACAAAUUUUCGAUUUACUAAUGCCAAAAUUACUUGUGUAUAAAAAUUUUAAAAAGUUUUUAGAAAGUAUUUUUAUUU